AAUGUAAGUACCGACGGCCCGGGAGUCUACCUACCUUCAUUGUGUUGAUGACCUCAACAUAGUAAACAUCGAGGACACCCGCACACAAAGCAACCGCACUACUGUCAACAGAACGUCGACCGCAUGGUUCGUAGUCAACAGCAAGCAGGGGAGCAAGGGCAUUCACACACAACAGUUACUGUUUAAUGACAUUACCACAGAGAAAGGAUGCUGUACAUUAUUAGAGAAAGAACUGCACUAGUCAAUUGAUCCUGUACUACGAACACGUAUUGUCAACGGCAAGGGCAUUCACACACAACAGUUACUGUUUAAUGACAUUACCACAGAGAAAGGAUGCUGUAAAUUAUUAGAGAAAGAACUGCACUAGUCAAUUGAUCCUGUACUACGAACACGUGUUGUCAACGGCACCGGUCGCGAAGGCUUGCGUCUUUAAUCGGUUUGUAGCGGCCAUCUUUCGUACUUCUUGAAGCAGCACGCCGGAAGAAGGGGAGUCGCAGGUGCGGCAAGAUCUCAGCAUCGAGACUGGCUUGAGGCUACGGUGUCCCAGAACUGAAAUUGUAAGAUGAAGUACAUGAUUAUCAUCGUCGUUGUCCUUGUGGGGAUUAUGAUGACCUUGUUGGUUGGGAUCCCUAAAUCUCCAAGGAUAAUCCCAGCGGCUAAUCCGGAUGACCGAGAGCGGCUUGCAGAAGGUGUAGUCAAGAAAGUUCUCAUUGUUGGAGGUGGAUUGGCCGGCAUGUCUGCAGCUUUGGAGUUAGCUGAGCGCGGGUACCAGGUGACCAUACGUGAAGCAGACACGGUUCUAGGUGGUGUCUACAUGCAGACAAAACCAGUGCGCAAACUCGGACGGACUUUCAUGCUCGAUGGUGGAAUGCAAGCCUGGUUCCACAAUUUCCACAACGCACGAGACAUCAUUAGUCGUCUGGGUGUUGAAGAUAACUUCCAGCGAUGGGAGGUCCAUGACCUGAUGUAUAAGAACUAUCAGCCGGAGAGGAUGUAUAGCCAUGGGAUAUUCCCGCUUAAUCUUGCAGGUAUGAUCUACCGAAGUCCCAACCUCAACAUCUUGGAGAUCCUGUUCUGGCUGCGGUGUGCUUGGGACUUCAUCAACUAUAAUCACGACACCAACUUCAAGAGGUGGGACGCAAUCACAUUCGACGAGUACAUGGAUAUGUUUGACAUCCAUCGUGGCUUCUACGACAUCGUGUUGGAACCAGGGAUGAAGGCCAGCUACCAGGACAAGGCAAUGCUCAGCGCUGCGGAAAUGUUUCAAUUCUCACACAUGUUUUACGUCAGCAACCCAAAGGCCGAUUACCGUGACCUGGCCAAGAUGAACCAAGCUACGGCCAUCAUGACUCCAUGGGCAGAUCGACUCAAAUCUCUUGGUGUCAGAAUUGAACUCGAGACCUCUGUCGGCAGCCUCGUCUUCGAUAAACACGGACGGAUCGUCACCGACACUGAGCAUCCUUCGGAGAGGUUUGAUCACGUGGUGCUAGCCUCUGGCCUCGACGGCACCAAGACGAUCCUCCAAAACUCACUCCAGAAACUGAAGCCAGAGGAUAAGAUCACACAAGGCCGUCUGGAGAAAGUCUUAAAGAACCACCUCACGAAGUUACCCCUUGCGCCACCGUUUAAGAUCCUCACGGUGUGGUUCGACAAACAACUUGAAGGGAGUUACAAACCAGACGUCGUGCAGACUCCGAGCUUCCCGCCAAUCACGUUCGUCGCCCAGUAUCACGUGCUCAAGGAAGACUUCGCUCUCUGGGCCAAUCAGAGCGGCGGGUCUGUCUUCAUGUUCCACAUGUUCGCCUGGGAGCAGGACGAAGUACCCGAUGAUAAAAUCUGGAACUUUAUAGCGCCCUCUGUCAGGGAAAUCUUUCCGGAGAUUUUCGAGAGGGGGUUUAAAGUCCUAGCGUACAACGUUGGAGGGUCGGACAAAUACCCCUCGUAUGCAAAAGGUCUGGAGAAACACAGGCCGACCGUUAAGUUCCCAAAAGAAUACGGCUUCCCGAAUCUUGUAGUAGCGGGAAACUGGCUCCACGUAGACUACCCUACUGCCUUAAUAGAACGGCCCAUAUCUACGGGACGUGAAGCAGCCAAUCAGAUUCUACUUUCAGAUCACGUGAGGCAGGCUUCUCUGGUUGUGACGCACUCUCACGGCCCCGGAUAUUUUCAAUAUGUAUAACUUUUGUUCAAAACAACAAAUUUUCACCGUUUUUACGAAGAUCGAGAUUUUUUUCUUAAAAUUACAGUUUAGUGGUUAUGGUAGGCGAAGGAAGGGGGCCUUUAUUUCAUAAGAUGCAAUUUUGCGUUUUCAUGAGCUAAACGCCCUUAAAUACAGUGUUAUAAUAAUGAGUGCAACAAUUUCAAAAUGUUGGUAGAAUCAUUUUUCAGGUUUCACGAAGAUAUAUUGCAGUUUUAAAGCCAGUGGACACUAUUGGUAAUUACUCAAAAAUAAUUAUGAGCAUAAAAACUUACUUGGUAACAAGUA